UGCCACGCUGCUCGUCAGUCGCUUUCAGACGCUCGCUGUUGCGAUAGCACGACCAACGGUUUACGGUCAACGGUUAACGGCUAACGGUAAAUCGGUGAAUCACGAACAAACCAACGAGACUCGCCCCGCUCUCUUUUCCUUCCGCUUUUCCCCAACCACCGUUCAGCGUCGGCAGCGUCGCCGUUGACGUCGACGUCGCUGCGAAAUCUUGGCGAAAAUCGCAACACUUGGCACAUAAGGGCAUCGAGAAUUCUGCUUGUUCCGCGGCAGAAAGUCAAGUGCAGCAACUGCGGCAGAAUCAGCAACAGAAGCAGUAGAAGAAGCAGCAGCAGCAGCAGCAGCCAUAGUAGCAGCCAUAGCAGCGAUUGUGGCAGAGUUUUCCAAGCUCGGCGGCAGAGAUUCACUCUCGGCCUGGCGCCGGCGUCAGCGUUCCACGGGUCCGUGAUUAGGUUUUACGGUUUCAGUCCGCUUGAUGACGCCGAAGCCAGCAGUUAUGCGCUUAGCAGCAGCCGCAGCAGCAGCAGCAUCAGCCCCAAAAGCAAAAGCAGCUUUAAAUCUGUGACACUUCCUACCCGUGACCCGUCGUUGCGUAUACGCCACCGUAACCCCAUUCAAAUCCGAAAUUCUAUUCGCAUGCCGUCGCGUAAUCCCAAAAACCACUGCAGUGCCAAUUCAAAGAACCAAAGCUAAAGUUAACAAAAAAUUAAAAAAAAUAAAAUAAAAUAAAAACACAAAUUAAAAAAGAAAAACUUGAAACGUGCUUGAAAUGGAUGUGGCCAAAUUGCAAGCCACUUCCGGUCAGCAUCUGAUGCAUCCGGCCGCACCGCCUGCCCACCAGCAUCACCUGCCCCUGGACUACAGCCUGGGUAACUUUAAGCCAGCCAUAGCGGCGGACUUUCCGGGUCCCUUCCUGACCAACCAACAGUCGUCCUCGGCCUCCAAUUCCGCCUCUACUUCCGGUUCUAAUCCCGCUUCCGGUACGCCUUCCGCCGUCGCUGCCUCCUCAACCGCCUCGCUGCAGGUGCGUGAUCUUAGUGCCCUGACGGCGAUGGCCACGAUACCCUCGCCCACCCAGCUGCUCCACCAGCGGAUGCAUCAGGCCCAGAUCUCUGUGGACGCCGCCCUGGGUCACCACCAGCAGGCGCCUCCGCCCCAGCCCCAGCCAACUCAGAAUCCUCCACAGCCGCAGAUGCCGCCGGGCUCCACGUCGCCGCACGAAUAUGCGCCCAUGUCGGCCUUCAAAGCGGUGCUGCCCAAGAAGCGAACUUCCGACGAUGCAUCUCUGGCAUUUAGCAUAAGCAGACUGGUCAAGACUGAACAACUGACGGCCAUGGUGGCCGCUGGCCUCAAGCCUCUAGCCCCGCUGGAGGACAACAACAAUUCCAUCUCGAUGCUGAGCAAGAACCACCAGCUGCAGCAGCACCACCACCACCAGCACCAACACCAACAACACCAGCAACAUGCCCCACACCACACCAACAACAACAGCGGAAGCAACCACCAACGGGUUAAGCCAGCCUUCAUAAGCGCCAGCGAACGACUGAGGAGACAGUCCAGAUCCCGGUCCAGGUCGAGGUCUCGCAGUCCUUCGCGCUGCUCCUCCCAGAUCGACAUGGAGGACACGGAGUCCCACCACUCGCAUCGCUCCUUGCACUCCCGCUCGCGAUCCCGUUCCCGUUCGCAUUCACGCUCCCGCUCCCACUCCAGCAGCUCUUCCGUGGAGCUGGAGGUAGACUCGCCACCCGGCAGUCCACGCAUCAGUUCGCCCAGCACCGCCUCCGCCUCUGCUUCCGCCUCCGAACUCCUGAUCACCGCCAACGGCGCCACCACCAGUAUAGGCUCCAAGAAGUCGGAUCUGUUCUCGGUAUCGGCGCUGCUGCGUCGGGAUGAGCCGCCCCAGAGACGGACGCCACGUAGUCCUCCGUUGAGCCAUCUCACCGCCAGCGGCCUGCCCAUGCCCUUCAAUCCCCUGGAGGCCAUGCGCCAGGGCUAUCCGCCCAACUAUGAUGCGGCCAUGUUCCAGCGUCCGCUCUUCUCGCCCGCCCUUCCCUUCUUUGCCGCCGUCGCCUUCCACCAGGGCCAGCAGCAGCAGCAGCAGCAACAACAGCAACAGCAGUCCGGACUGGCAGCAGGCUACCAUCCGGACUCGCAGGAAAAUCUCUUCCGACUACGGAGUCUCAUGGUGCCCCUCCAGUCCGCCGGACAAAACAACUCCACAGCAGCGGCGGCGGCAGCAGCAGCAGCUGCGGCAGCCGUCGGCGUUGGGGUGGGCGUGGGAGUCGGUGUGCCACCCAAUGGCGGGCAUCUGGGUCUGCCGCAUUCGCCGCACCUGCACCACUUCCAUCAUAUGGCCGCCAAGUGGCCGGGCCUGCACCAAUUCAGCGACCUGUACUCGUGCAUGAAGUGCGAGAAGAUGUUCUCCACGCCCCACGGCCUCGAGGUGCACUCCCGCCGGACACACCAUGGCAAGAAGCCCUACGCCUGCGAGCUGUGCAACAAGACCUUCGGCCACGAGGUCAGCCUCAGCCAGCACAGGGCGGUGCACAACGUGGAGAAGGUGUUCGAGUGUAAGCAGUGUGGUAAGCGUUUCAAGCGCUCCAGCACUCUGUCCACCCACCUGCUCAUCCACAGCGACACGCGGCCUUAUCCAUGCAACUAUUGUGGCAAGCGCUUCCACCAGAAGAGCGACAUGAAGAAGCACACCUACAUACAUACAGGUGAAAAACCACACAAGUGCCAGGUGUGUGGCAAGGCCUUCAGCCAGAGCUCCAACCUGAUAACCCACUCCCGCAAGCACACCGGCUACAAGCCCUUCUCCUGCAAACUGUGCCACAAGUCCUUCCAGCGGAAGGUGGACCUGCGCCGCCACAAGGAGACCCAGCACACCGACCUGCGUGUCCACCUGGGCAAAGUGGACUUUAUGUCGGCAGCGGCGGCGGCAGCUGCCUCUGUGGAACUGAAUGCAGUGGCAGCAGCCGGAGCUGGAGCGGGAGCGGGGACGUUACCAGGCGCCGGACCCGGAGGAGUAUCACCAGCGAACCAGACCCCCAGUGCGGCGGGCGGAGGAGCACCCCAGAUGGGCACUCUCAAUUGCCAGAAGGUCUCCCUGCUGGUUUAACCACCCUGACCCCGACCCGGGCCCAGGUCCAGACCCACACUCAGAUCCAAAUCCAAUCCCCAAAACCAAACCAAACUGAAAUCCAAAGCAAACCGCAAUCAUUGUGCAAUAGAUGGCAAGUGAAAAGCAUCGUCAGGCAUUUUCCUGUACCGUCUCCCAUUUGAAAAUUGCUUGAAAUUAAAUCCAAAGGAGAAAUAUUAAAACAAUUUAAAUAACUUUAAGCCAGCCAUAAGCCAGUUAAACCGUAUUUCCAAUGUUGCCAAAAAAAUAAAUAAAAACUAACGAUGAAAAUACCAAAGAAAAUGUAAGAAUGAAUUAAAUCAAACACUAUAGUCAGACUCCAACAAUUCUCAUAACAAUUUAAAUAUUAUUGCCAUAUAGCUCGCUGAACUUUUAUUGUAAGGACAUACCAAAGGACAAUUUUCACGUUUUUCUUUAUGUAUGUGAUGUUUUUGUUUCGGUGGCUCGAGUGCCAGAAUAAAAUCAAAAUUUAACAACAAAAUAUAAUAAAAUAAAUCCAAAAAAUUCAUCAAUAUGAACUGUGCGUGUCGUACUUUGUAAAUGUAAUAAAAAAUAAAUCCAAAAAAUGAAAUAAAACGGAAACGAAAAUUUAAUGCAAAAUUUUCCAAGUUUUCGCUUCUAGAUAGUUGUGAAAUUUUAACAGAAUCGCUGUAUUAUGCAAACUAUUUUGAUAUUAUAUCAUUCCAAUGAAUUUAGUCUAAUUAAUAAAUUUUUUAACUUAUUUAUACAUAUUGAGUGUAUGUAUGUAAAAACAGCUAAACAAAUAUAUAUGUAUACAUUUUCUUUUUAAUGUUUAACACAAAAUAAUGUAUGUAAUAUUAAAAUAACAAUUAUAAAGACAAGAAUUAAUCUACAUUCUAAGUAUUUUUAUGUUUUCAAAAAUAAAUUGAAUUUAUUA